AUGCCGGUCAUCCACCAGUUGACCUCCGAUAUUUCGGAUAAUCCUUUCUUAUUACUGGCUAUUGUACCGGUGGCACUUGUCUUGGUCCAGCUCGCUGCUCACUUCAAGGAUGCAUCCGGAUUGCGCUCGUACCCGGGGCCAUUCCUCGCCAAGUUCACGGAUGCUUGGAUGUUCUGGGUGGUUUCCCACAACCGCUGGUCAAGCACAGUCGACAGUUUGCACCGCAAAUAUGGCACCUUCGUCCGUCUCUCCCCGAACCACGUCUCUAUUUCCGACCCAAGGGCCCUUAACGCGAUCUACGGCCACUCGGCUGGCUUCAUGAAGGCGGGGUUCUACGACAUCUUCGCCAACUUCCGCGUUCGCAAUAUCUUCAACACGCGGUCGCGCACUGAGCACGCCCGGAAGCGUCGCAUAGAAGCGCACAUGUUUGCGCCCCAGAGCAUCCGCGCGAUCGAGCCCAUCUCCCACGCGCAUGUCUCUGGGCUCCUCCGUCAGUGGGACUACCUGGCAUCUCGCAUGCAGGAGGCUCAACAUGGAGCGGGCCCUCUCAAAGGCCAGCUCGGAUCGACUACCUGGAACGUGCAGAAUGGCCGCGUGUGGAUCGACUGCAUGCCUUGGCUCAACUUCUGGGCCUUCGACACUAUUGGCGACCUCGCGUUCGGUCUUCCCUUCGGCAUGCUCAAAGCCGGCAAAGACGUAGCCAGAGUUGCGAAAAAUCCCGAAGAAGGUUACAAGGCGAUCGAGAAGUUCUCCGAGGGCGCGGACAAGCUUUCAAUCGAGGAAGAAGACAUACCUUACAUUGAAGUCCUCAGUACACGCGCCGAGGCAAUCGCCCCUCUGGCGUUCAUUUCGCGUACUUGGCAGACAAUCCUGCAGCAACUCCCCGGGUACGGCAGUAAUCGACCUGCGAGUAAAAAGCUAGCGGCUCUAUCUAUCAUGGCCGUCGCACGUCGCUUGGCCAACCCGAGUGGCAGGCCGGACAUGCUCCAGAAACUGUUGGAGGCACGGGAUGACGACGGGAAGCCGUUGAGCCCAGUGGAACUGAGCGCAGAGGCUUUCGUGCUUAUCGUUGCCGGUUCGGACACCAUUGCCAACACCACCUGUGGGACGAUGUAUUACCUUGCUCGCGACCAGCGCGUACAGGCAACGCUUCAGGCAGAGCUGGAUGCGGCGCUCGCAUCUCUCGAUUCCGAAGUCGCUCCAUACGACGCCGUCAAGGAUUUACCUUACCUUGAUGCGGUGAUCUUCGAAGGGCAGCGCCUAUAUGCGACCAUAGGUGCCGGCUUGCCUCGCGAGGUUCCUGCCGGCGGCGCCACUAUCCUCGGGCACCAUUUCAAAAAGGGCACAUGGGUGAGCGUCCCGCUCUACCAUCUUCACAGGGACGAGUCUGUCUGGGGCCCGGAUGCGGCUGAAUUCCGCCCCGAGCGCUGGACCGAGGCUAGUCCUGAACACAGGAAACAGAUGAUGGACGCCUUCGCUCCUUUCUCUAUUGGUCCCAGGGCGUGCAUAGGUCGCAGUCUUGCCAUUAUGCAGCUUCAUAUCAUCCUGGCCACGCUCUUCCGCCGGUACCAAUUUGCUCUCAAGUCUGAUGCUCGGUGA